ACCCGUAGUCAUUCAGUCUUUACAGUGAAAAGUUCAAGUUGAAAGCGAGAGUAAAGCGAGGUAAAUAAAACUUGCGUUUUGCACAGUGGUUUAAAGUAUUAGAAAACUAGUCAAAAUGUCUCUGUUGCCAUACUUGUUCGACGAACCAGCCUACUACGCCAUUCGGCCAUCCAGGAUUUUGGAUCAACACUUCGGUUUAGGGCUGGACGCAGACGACCUGUUACAGCCAUUAAACUUAAACAACCGCAUGAUUACAAGGACGCCCGCCGGGUAUUUGAGAAACUGGCGUUCGAACCUUGCUGGCCAAGAUUCCGGCUCCACAGUAAGUUUCGACAAAGAUAAAUUCCAAGCCAAUCUGGAUGUCCAACAGUUUAAACCUGAGGAAAUUACCGUUAAAGUUACUGGUGAUAAUGUGCUGACCAUUGAGGGCAAACACGAAGAGCAACAAGACGAGCACGGUUAUAUUUCCAGGCAUUUUGUUAGGAGGUAUGUACUGCCAAAGAACUACGACAUUGGCAGGGUAGAAUCGAAAUUAUCAUCAGAUGGUGUGUUGACGAUCACUGCACCACCAGUAGAAUCCAAAGAGGUAGAACACAAGGCUAUCCCAAUUACACAAACUGGAGAGCCUGCAAAACAAGCUGUAGAACAAAAGAAGUAGGACAUUCAGGGUGGAAUUGAGCAAUGAAUAAAAUCUUCUAUAGACUGUGGUGGCCCUAUGGUUUGCCUCCUUUCAUUUUAGAUAAAAGAUAUUUGUGUGUUAGGUUUAUUUUUUAUUUAUAUAAAUGUAAUAAAUGAGAAUUUCCAUUUAGUUUAUUAGUGUUUCAGAUUUUUUGUAUUUAUUUAUUUUGAUAAGUUAAUAAAAUUAAUAUUUAGAACACAUU